AUGAAUGAAAUUUUACCGAGGUUUUUUUAUUACUCAGGUACGGAUUCGAGUGUAAAUUGUGCAACAACAGGAACAACAGAACCCGCUUGGGGUUAUUCUUCAUCCGGAUAUCCAACAUAUACUUCGCCUACCGGUUACAAUUAUUCUAAUGAUUACAAUUCUCUUGAAUCCUCAGCGACGUCAUCCAUUGGUCAUUUGUCUUCAGUUUUACCAGAACAUACACCUGGUUCUUCUAUGCAACAAACUGGAGGGGAUUACGUUUAUGGAUCGAUGAAACCAGAAUCCGAAAUUUUGCCUUGCGGAAAUACUCUUGUUCAAACAGGCAAUAAUUCUAAUAUAUCAUCAGGUGGUACCGUCAUUUAUUCGAGCGGUUCUUGCCAAAGCAGUUACCACACCGGUUGGAGCACAAACAAUUAUCAAAGUUACCCAAAUUAUUAUAAUUCCCCUUCUGGUGCUACAUCCCAAACUCCAUAUUUGAAUCCUACACCCUCCGUUGUUUUAUAUCCUCAUCUUUAUUCAACGGUUAAUCAAAAUCAAAUACAUUUACAUUUGCACGGUGAUAAAGCUGCAGAAUCAUUGCAAUGUAGUGGAGAAGAACUUGCAGCUACGAUAGUAGCAAAUUCCAAUAAUCUAACUAUUAGUUCAGGUACGCGGAGUAGCAUAGAAAUAGGAAUAGUACAUAAUAAUCAGGGUGGCUUGAUGAGCGAAGAUGAUAGGUUUACACACAAUGAUAGACAAGGGGAUCCAUCCGUUUGGAGACCUUAUUGA